AUGUUCCACCAUAUCUCGCUUUAUCACCAGAGUGAACCGAAUUUCAAUAUGACAUGUGACUUACAUGAGACAUGCGGGGUAUUGUAUCGAACAUAUUCGGCUUACAAGUCUCACGUCUAUCGACAACAUUCGUCUGAACUUUGUGCAAAAGGCAAACUAGAUACGAAUAUCACUCUCAUUGCUUAUGAUAAUCAACAACAAGCAGAUAUGGAAUAUUCCGGUAUUAGUACAGAAUUAACGAGCAGCGACAGUGAGUCGUUCGAUAUAUACGAUACGGAUCCUGAUGUGUCAGCUUCAACAAAUGAUGGUGACAACAUGAAAUUUAACAAUUUUACGACAUCUUUUGGCCCGAUUGAUAGUCAUUCAACCUUUGCUGAACUAUUAGCGAUUAUGAAGAAAUCUUAUAUCUUGUUUCUGUUACAGUUACGUGAGGAAUAUUUGGUGCCAAAGACGGUUACGAAUGUCAUUUCUACCUACAUUACCACAUUCCUUCGACAUUUAGAGAACAUAUUCGAAAAAAAAUCUUUUUAUCAUUCUCAAAUCGAUUUUUCACAUUCAACAUCUUCUGUACCCAAACAAGAUCGAAAGAUAAUCGAAUUUGAUCAAUUGCAGCUAACGUUAAAUGACAUACGUGUUGAAAUUGAAUCUGUUAGUAAAAAUGAUUAUCAAUUCGUCAAAAAUUGCGAGAAAUAUUUCGGAUAUAGUUCGGCAGAGGAGAUAGCUUUGUCAUCUGAUGAUGAAGCGCCGGAAUAUGCUUACUUUAUUCCGUUCGAUAAAACAUUGAAAGCCAUGUUGAAAUCUCCACCACUUGCUUUAGAAAUUCUAGAAAACAUUGAUCAACAGCAAUUAAAUGUAGCAAACGAUUAUGACCUAAUGUUCUCGAUUCGUGAUGGAUCCUAUGGGAUCAAAAUAGAUCAAGAUAGUCUACUAGUCCAGUUGUACAUCGACGAUAUUGGUUUAACGAAUCCUCUUGGUUCCAAGCGAGAUAAACACAAAAUGUCGAUGGUUUACUUUUCGCUGGAAGAUGUACCUGACAAAUAUAGGUCGAAAAUUGAUUUUAUUCAAUUAGUAGCUGUUUGCGAAAGCAAAGUGCUAAAAAAUGAUGUCAAAGCCCAACGCUUCUUUAAACCGAUAAUCGACAAUCUCAAUCAGUUACAACUUGAUGGCCUUUCUAUCAAUGAUAUUCAUCUAAGAUUUUCUUUUUCUACGCUCGUCGCGGACAACCUUGCAUCACAUUUCAUAGGUGCUUUUCAAUCGUGCUUUAAUGGUGGAUUCUUCUGUAGGAAGUGUUACAUAACAUAUCCACAGAAGAAUCUGCCAAUACCAUUGUCAGAAAUCCAAACUCGAGCAAUCAUCGAUCAUGAUGACCUCGUUCAAAAGAUUGUGAGUGAUCCAAAUAGAACACCUCUCAAGGGUGUUCAAGGACCAAGCCCAUUAGAAGAUCUUAUCGGUUUUCACGCAACUACGUCUUUGCCACGAGAUGCAAUGCACGACUUCAUUGAGGGAGUCGUACCAAUGGUCAUCAUGGUCUUACUCAAACAAGCUUCAUCAUCACGACUUAUGACCUACACUCGUGUUCAAGAACGAAUGGAAACUUUUAAAUAUGGGCGAUUCGAUUGUGACAAUCAGCCACCCCCCGUUCUCGCGAAACAUUUUCAAAAUAAUCAUAUCGUUGCAACCGCUGCUCAGAAGCUUUGUUUUUUCAAGCUUUUUCCUAUUAUGUUCUACGAUAUUAUUGAUAGUCUACCAUCAUUUAUCGUAUAUAAAUUACUAAGAGAAAUCUUAGAUUUGAUCUUAGCAAAUCCUUUUCGCAAAGCAUGGCUGCCAGUACUUGGUGAAUUAUGCGACACAUUUUAUCACGAAAUGCUAAAUCACUUUCCCGGCAUGAUUACGCCAAAAGUCCAUUUCAUUCGCGAAUAUCAUCAGAUGGUGGCUGAUUUCGGUCCAGCAAUCAGACAGUGGUGUUUCCGUUAUGAAGGAUUCCACGCAUACUUCAAGAAGAUAGCCAAUAGGACGAACAAUUUUAAAAACAUUCCCAAGAUGCUUGUGACACGUUACCGUUUGAAACAAUGUUUAACGUUUGGUUAUGCACCCGAAUUACGUCGCUCACAGCAUGUAAUAGGGAUUAAAAAGAUUCGAAGCACAUGUUUCAAUCUAGCAAUGAGAAAUCUUUUAGUGAAACAUUUCGAUCAAAUUGAUUUUGAGAAUAUCUUUCAAUGUAAUGCAUUAGUUUAUGAGAACAUUGAAUAUCGUCGAUCUUGUGUAUAUGUUGUUGAUCUACAACCAUCUCAUGAGCAACCGUCGUUUGCCCAAAUCGUAUUUAUUGUCAAAAUGAAAGAAAAAUGGUGGCUAUUAGUUGAUAUGCUUGAUACAAUGUCGUACAAUGAAAAACUUUUUUCUUGGCAGAUACAAUCGAUGGAUCACUAUUCUAUUAUUGAUCCACGUGAACUGAAAUAUUACUACAAAGGAUUGGAUGUUUACGUUGUGAAUGACUUAAGCUUUGUUUCAUUUGUUUCUCGUCUUACUUGGCAUUAA